AGCUCUCUCGAGUCCAUGUGCUUGGACACGAGUUGGGCACAUGUGCCUUCUCUAUCACUAUAAAUUCGUAGGGUAUUCAGAUGAAAAAAAAUAUAGAUCAAAAUAUCAGUACAACAAUCCACAAAAAGAAUCCACCAAAUCAUUUUGCCUUUUUUAAUUUCCAAACUUAUUUAUCACCUCCACUCAGCUCUCUCGAGUCCAUGUGCUUGGACAUGAGUUGGGCAGAUGUGCCUUCUCUGUCACUAUAAAUUCGUUGCGUACCCCUACACUAUCGUACUCACCUCUUUCAUUUACUGAGCCAGAAGCUAGCUAGCUACUCUCUUCAACCAUUCCUUCACUCCAAAAAUUCCCCAAAAUUAAGAGGUGCAUAGGUCUCCAAAAAAAAUAAAAUCCAAAAAUGGCAGACGGAAGAGGUGCUGAUUGCAAUAGUGAAACAGCUGUGAGGUCUAUUCGGAAAGUGCUUUUUAUUUCUGCUGGUGCUAGUCACUCCGUUGCUCUUCUCUCUGGAAAUAUCGUUUGCUCAUGGGGACGAGGAGAGGAUGGACAGCUCGGCCUUGGGGAUGCUGAAGAUCGAUUUUCUCCAACUCAGGUGAGUGCACUGGAUGGGCAGGAAAUAGUAUCCGUCACUUGUGGGGCUGAUCAUACAACUUCUUACUCAGAGGGCUUUAAGCAAGUUUAUAGCUGGGGAUGGGGUGAUUUUGGGAGAUUGGGUCAUGGAAACUCCAGUGACUUGUUCACUCCUCAACCCAUUAAAGCACUUCAUGGUACACGCAUUAAGCAGAUUGCAUGUGGAGACAGCCAUUGUCUUGCUGUUACCAUGGAAGGCGAAGUACAGAGUUGGGGGCGAAAUCAAAAUGGCCAACUAGGCCUUGGCACCACAGAGGACUCUCUUGUGCCUCGAAAGAUUGAAGCUUUCAAGGAAAUACCUGUUAAAAUGGUUGCUGCUGGUGCCGAACAUACAGCUGCUGUUUCAGAAGAUGGUGAACUUUAUGGUUGGGGUUGGGGUCGAUAUGGUAAUCUGGGCUUAGGUGACCGAAAUGAUCGCUUGGUUCCAGAAAAAGUUUCAGCCAAUGUGGAUGCUUGCUCCUAUGUUCAACAAGAAGAGAGCAGACAAGGUGUCAUGCUUUAUGAAGCUCCAACCGAGAAGUCUUGGUUAAUUGUCACUCAUGAACUACUAAAGGGAGAAAAGAUGUUCAUGGUUGCAUGCGGUUGGCGUCAUACUAUCUGUGUUUCCUCUUCUGGUGCUUUGUAUACAUAUGGUUGGAGCAAAUAUGGUCAACUAGGACAUGGUGACUUUGAGGAUCACCUUUUUCCUCAUAAGGUUCAAGCUUUGCAUGAAAGUUUUACGUCUCAGAUAUCAGGUGGUUGGAGACAUACCAUGGCACUUACUGCUGAUGGAAAACUUUAUGGUUGGGGUUGGAACAAGUUCGGACAAGUUGGAGUUGAUGACAAUUGUGAUCAUUGUUCACCUGUGCAAGUGAAAUUUCCGCAUGAUCAGAAAGUGAUUCUGAUAUCAUGCGGUUGGAGGCACACACUUGCUGUUACAGAAAGGCAGAAUGUCUUUUCGUGGGGAAGAGGUACAAAUGGUCAGCUAGGUCAUGGGGAGUCUGUUGAUAGGUAUGUCCCAAGGAUAAUAGAAGUGUUAAGUGUUGAUGGAUCAAGUGGACAACAAAUCGGAUCUUCGACGUUUGACCCAUCUACAGCUGAAAAAUCUUGGGUUUCACCUACAGAGAGAUACGCUGUGGUUCCAGAUGAAAACGUGCCAAGGCAAGCAGUGAUUCCGGUAAGAGGGAGUGGAAACGACGUAAAUGUGCCGGAAAAUGAUGUGAAAAGGAUACGAUUAUGAGAUUGCUAGCUAUGAAUGUAGCGGUCGGCCAGUUGCUGUGGAUGUUCUCCACUCAAUCUUAUAUUCAAAUAUUAGUGUCUCUAUUUAAAGUUUAGACAACGAGCUCUGCAGAUCUGUAUUUCUAUGAUAUUUAUUUUCAUUUUUUUUUCCUUGUGGGGUGGGGUGGGGUGGGGAUGGGUGGGCUGAGGGAAGGUGUCUUCCCAUUGUUCAUGCAAGUCGUGAGAAAACUGAUCUUUUGACUUAUAUUCUUAACUACUUGGAGGGAGAAUUAUUGUUUCUACGCAUAUCUGACUGUAACUAUUGGUUUUAGAACAAUUAAAGAUUGAAAGCGCAACAUGCUCUUACAUGAA